AUGUUCUCUGCAGCUCGUUCAGAUACGUUAUUCUUGGGGGCUCAGAAAGUCACUGGUGAUGAUGUGCGUAACCAAACAGUUUUAGCUGCACAAACAGUGGCCAAUGUUGUCAAGUCAUCAUUGGGACCAGUUGGGUUGGAUAAGAUGUUAGUUGACGAUAUUGGAGACGUCACAGUAACCAACGAUGGAGCUACUAUUCUAGCAUUGUUAGAUGUUCAGCAUCCAGCUGGGCAAAUUUUGGUUGAAUUGGCCCAACAGCAAGAUCGUGAGGUUGGAGAUGGAACAACUUCAGUUGUUAUUAUUGCUGCUGAAUUGUUGAAACGUGCUAAUGAGUUGGUCAAACAUAAAAUACACCCCACUACAAUUAUAAGUGGGUAUAGGUUGGCGUUGAAGGAGUCGAUUAGAUACAUUAACCAAAUCUUGUCCCAGAAUGUUGACCAAUUGGGAAAGGAAACAUUGAUAAAUAUCGCCAAGACGUCAAUGUCAUCCAAGAUUAUUGGAGCUGAUUCUGAUUUCUUCAGCAAGAUUGUUGUUGAUGCAAUGUUGGCUGUAAAGACAACAAACACAAAGGGGGAAACCAAGUACCCUGUUAAAGCAGUAAACAUUUUAAAGGCCCAUGGUAAAUCAGCAUUGGAAUCCGUGUUGGUUGAAGGUUAUGCGUUGAACUGUACUGUUGCAUCUCAAGCCAUGGUGAAGGAGGUUAAGAAUGCCAAGAUUGCAUGCCUUGAUAUCAAUUUGCAAAAGGCAAGAAUGGCUAUGGGUGUACAAAUAAAUAUUGAAGAUCCUGAUCAAUUGGAAGAAAUUAGAAAGAGAGAAUACGGAAUUAUUAUUGAACGAAUUCAGAAAAUCAUAGCUAGUGGUGCCAAUGUUAUUUUGACCACCAAGGGAAUUGAUGAUUUAUGUUUAAAAGAAUUUGUUGAAAACGGUUGUAUGGCCGUUAGACGUUGUAAAAAGGAAGAUUUGAGAAGAAUUGCUCGAGCCACUGGUGCCACGUUAGUGUCAUCGUUGAGUAAUUUAGAAGGUGAAGAGACAUUUGAAGCUAGUAAUUUGGGUUCAGCACAAGAAGUGGUUCAAACAAGAAUCAGUGACGAUGAAUGUAUAUUAAUCAAGGGUACUAAACAGCAUUCAUCAAGUUCAAUAAUUCUAAGGGGUCCCAAUGAUUAUUCUUUAGAUGAAAUGCAAAGGUCGAUAAAUGAUUCCCUUUCAGUAGUUAAAAGGACAUUGGAAAGUGGAAAUGUUGUACCUGGUGGAGGGGCAGUUGAAACUGCUUUAAAUAUCUACUUGGAAAAUUUUGCAUCCACGGUGGGUUCAAGAGAUCAAUUGGCAAUCGCUGAAUUUGGAGCUGCGUUAUUGAUUAUCCCCAAGACAUUAGCCCUCAAUGCUGCUAAAGAUGCAUCGGAAUUAGUAUCAAAAUUAAGAACCUAUCAUGCUGCUGCACAAUUAGCCAAGACUGAUGAUGAAAAGAGGAAAAAAUACAAGAAUUAUGGUUUGGAUUUAAUCCAUGGUAAGAUUGUUAAUGAAGCUACUCAGGGAGUUUUGGAACCAACAAUUUCUAAAAUCAAGGCUUUGAAAUCGGCAUUGGAGGCAUGUGUUUCUAUUUUGAGAAUCGAUACUAUUAUUGAAGUACAUCCAGAACCACCAAAGGAAGACCCUCAUGAUCAUUGA